AUGAAACCUACCAAAUCUACGGAAAGGACACGACUCAAAGUAGUACUACCCGGCGACACAGUUUCAUUAGAAGUUACGACUCCAGGGAUUACUCUUGGGCCAGGUUUAAUACAAGCUGGUGAAUUCAUAACUUGCACAAAAGCAGGCGUUCUUGUAUGCUCUGGAUCCACUUAUUGGAUUGAGACUGAUCAGAAAAGAUAUAUUCCUGAGACUGGUGAACAUGUAGUUGGCAGAAUUUCUGGAAAAGGGGGUGAAUUUUAUCGAGUAGAUGUUGGAAGCGCGCACCAAGCCAUUUUACCAUUCUUAGCAUUCGAAAAUGCCACAAAAAAAAAUAGACCGAAUUUCAAUAUUGGUGAUUUGAUAUAUGCAAGAGUUUCUUUGGCAAAUAAAGAUAUGGAUCCGGAACUUCAAUGCUUUAAUCCUACGAAUAAUAAAGCUGAAGGGUUCGGCAAAUUAGAGGGUGGAAUGGUUUUGAAAUGUUCAUUAAGAUAUUGUCAAAGAUUGUUAACCCAAGAAACGGAUAUCUGCAAAUUACUCGGUCAAAAACUUCAGUUUGAAUUAUCUAUCGGGAUGAACGGUCGUGUUUGGUUGUCUUCCGAUACAAUUAAACACAUAAGUUUGGUAUAUAAUGCUCUUAAGCAGGCGGAGACACUAAAUAAUAAUGAAUGUAAAACUCUGGUUAGUAAGUUAGUGGUUUAA